GUGUCAUGGCGAGCUCCAUCUGAAGUCUGCGCGCAUCCGGAGAGCGGCGAGUCUCCCUUUGGACUGACUCAUCUUUCAAGAGGAUUUGAGACUGAUUGCUGAUAAUCAAGAUGCCUUCUGCAUCCUGUGAUACCCUACUGGAUGACAUAGAAGAUAUUGUGUCACAGCAAGAUUCAAAGCCACAAGAUAGGCAUUUCGCAAGAAAGCACAUUGUUCCAAAAGUUCGAAGACGAAAUACCCAAAAACAUUUGCGAGAGGAAGACAGUCCACCAAGUGAUAGCACUAUUCCAGGCAUACAGAAAAUUUGGAUACGAACAUGGGGUUGUUCUCAUAAUAAUUCAGAUGGAGAAUAUAUGGCUGGACAACUAGCUGCUUAUGGAUAUAAAAUUACAGGCGAAUUCCCUCUGAUUCACAAGGCAGGGAAGAGGUCAGCAUCGUUUUUGCUUUUCACUACUACUUCCAGUCCACUGUGUCGGCACCAUGACUCAGAAAAUGCAUCAGAUGCAGAUUUAUGGCUCCUGAAUAGUUGUACUGUAAAAAACCCAGCUGAAGAUCACUUUAGAAACUCAAUAAAAAGAGCUCAGGAGGAGAACAAGAAGAUAGUGCUGGCCGGAUGUGUUCCUCAAGCCCAGCCUCGCCAGGACUACCUUCAAGGACUGAGUGUCAUAGGGGUUCAACAGAUAGAUCGUGUAGUAGAAGUUGUGGAGGAAACAAUGAAAGGUCACUCGGUGAGACUGCUGGGUCAGAAAAAGGAUAAUGGAAAACGGUUGGGGGGAGCACCACUGGAUUUGCCGAAGAUUAGGAAGAACCCACUGAUAGAAAUCAUUUCCAUCAAUACUGGGUGUCUCAAUGCUUGUACCUACUGCAAAACUAAACACGCCCGAGGAAACCUGGCCAGUUAUCCAAUUGCCGAGCUAGUAGAUCGAGCCAAACAGUCUUUUCAAGAGGGUGUGUGUGAGAUAUGGUUGACCAGUGAAGACACGGGAGCGUAUGGCAGAGAUAUUGGCACUGAUCUCCCCGCACUGCUGUGGAAACUGGUCGAAGUGAUUCCCGAGGGAGCGAUGCUGAGGCUUGGCAUGACGAAUCCGCCCUAUAUCUUAGAGCACCUGGAGGAAAUGGCUAAAAUCCUUAAUCACCCCAGAGUCUAUGCUUUCCUGCACAUACCAGUCCAGUCUGCCUCCGACACGGUUCUCAUGGAAAUGAAAAGAGAAUACUGCGUGGCUGACUUCAGAAGAGUGGUGGAUUUUCUGAAAGAGAAAGUUCCUGGAAUAACUAUUGUCACAGAUAUUAUCUGUGGUUUUCCUGGAGAAACGGAUCAAGAUUUUCAAGACACAGUGACACUUGUUGAAGAGUACAAAUUUCCAAGCCUCUUUAUUAACCAGUUUUACCCAAGACCCGGAACUCCUGCUGCAAAAAUGGAGCAAGUCCCAGCACACGUGAAAAAGCAAAGAACAAAAGAUCUCUCUCGGGUGUUUCAUUCUUACCGCCCAUACGAUCACAAGAUUGGUGAAAGACAACAAGUGUUAGUAACCGAAGAAUCUUUUGAUUCCAAGUUUUAUGUUGCACACAAUCGAUUCUAUGAGCAGGUUUUAGUGCCAAAGAACCCCAUGUUCAUGGGGAAAAUGGUCGAAGUGGACAUUUAUGAAUCAGGAAAGCAUUUUAUGAAAGGGCAGCCAGUAGCAGACGCCAAAGUAUACACGCCAUCCAUCAGCAAGCCAUUAGCAAAAGGAGAAGUCUCAGGUUUGACAGAGGAAUUCCGCAGCAGGCGCGGGAGCCCCCCGAGCUCAGCCCCCCUCACCUCUGCCGCUCACCCAGGCGGCCCGAGCUCCAGAGCCGCCCGGCCACUGCUGGUGCCUGCAGGCCUGGCUCUCCUCGCUCUGCUUCUGGCUUUUUUUGUCAAGGUCUAUAAUUAAAUACACCUAAAGGAAGCAUCUGUGAAGAAGAAUAAAUUCCUAAUUAAAAUCUUCAAUGAACAGGAAAGCGACCACAUCAGUUCUCAAAGGGCCGUCGUUUAUGCCGACCUCCUUGCUGCCCUGGCCCCACUUGGAGGUGAGGCUCACCCUACCUCACGUGGACUUGGGCCCACUGCUGGUUUGAGCUGAGCCUAGUAACACCUGCCACAGCACAUCUCUUAAAUUAAGCUCCCUUUAGUUUAUUUUUAGCAAGAAAUGCAAGUGGUUGCAUCUUCUUUAAAUCCUGAAUCUUCAAGUCAGAACUGAAUGUACAGCGGAGUAGGUCUGGUCACCUCUUCCUUAUUUGGGAAGACUUUUCAAUUUUUAAAAAAAUUUUUUAAAUGCAUCUCCUUCUUUAUGCUUUAUUUGGAGUCCCAAUGCUACGGACAUCUUAUUUUCCACAGCAGAUGUGUUCCUGAAAAGUUUAUAUCAAAACCUAUUUUGGACCUUGUGUCCUUUGGAACGCGCGGGGCGUGGCCAGGGAAGGACUCGGCUGCCGGGCGAAGGUCAGGAAGCGCCCGGUUCCCUAGCGCCGCGUCCUUGCAGAAACUGCGUUUGUGUGAAGCGCACGGUGCCCCUUUUCAGACAAUUUGGAUCUAGUGUAUCAAAGGUGUAUUUCUCCGUGGCAUUGUUGGCCUUUACUAAACAGUGGCUUCUUUCACAAUGAAAGGAAUUGCUCUAAUAAACCGAUCAUCAGAAUUUAAAGAAGUUAUUUGGAUUGUAUCUGCACAGGGAAAAUCAGGUGCCCUGUGGUUGCCAUUGGUCGUUUUUCGGCUUUAAACUAACCACACCCUCGUUCAGUUCUUCCUUUUAUCUCAAAAUGUUUCAGUCUUUUAUGUGUCUCAUAAGGAAUCCACAUUAAAAUUUAAUU